UUUUCCAUUUCGAGCACCAGUGCUAAUUAUACGUGCAUCUCUCCCCUCCUCACCAGCCCAUUACAAUUCAUCGCGUGGGAUCGGUCUCCAUAUUAUUACAUUUUUGGUGUGCUUUCGAAAUACUGCAACAGGCCACUGGUUCCAUCCCGACGGGUGGACGAAUUUGGUCAACGUCUGGGUCUGGAUUCACCGAACAACCUCCCGAAGUGACCACUGCGUACACGCACUUCCUUCUUUUUUUCCCAAGCUGUCAUUCUGGAAAACGACGCGUUCCUGUCUUGGGACCCUCCUAUCGCUCAGAUUGAAACGGCGUCAGGACAACACGAUUUGUGAGAUUAAAAAGCAGCGUUUCGGAGCACACAGAAAUCAGACAUUUUGGGCGGCCUCACUCACAUACGCGAGGUGAGAUUCCGUGGAACAGGAAUAUCUCGGGUGUCCGACCGUGUGUGCUUUUUGCGUUGGUGGAGAUCCGCUGGCCGUUCUCAGAGCUGAAAUAUGGAAUGUGUUCCCCUGCAGGCCCAGAGAAACUGUCUUCUGACUGAACCCCAAACGCCCAGUUAGCACUCGGCCACCGUCCCCCUUCCUCACCCUCCCCCCCAGCAAUCCGGCACAGUCCGGGGAGCGCAGAGCACCUGCCUCGCAGCGAGGGCGGCACAGAGCUCUCUUGCUCAGUUUUGUUCGCGGAAGCCCUUUCUGAGAGCGCAUAGCCUCAUCCCAAAUCUCGGCGUAGGCGUUGGAUCGAGCGAAGACGAGAAGAUGGAGUUGGAUUCGUACCUGUGGAUGGUGGUGGUGGGGUUCAUUAUCGCUUUUGUUCUGGCGUUUUCCGUGGGGGCCAACGACGUGGCCAACUCCUUCGGCACGGCGGUGGGCUCGGGCGUGGUGACGCUCAAGCAGGCCUGCAUCCUGGCUUCCAUCUUUGAGACGCUGGGGUCCAUGCUGCUGGGGGCCAAGGUGGGGGAGACCAUCCGGAAGGGCAUCAUCGACGUCAGCCUGUACAACGACACGGUGCCCGUGCUGAUGGCGGGGGAGGUCAGCGCCAUGGUCGGGUCAGCAGUCUGGCAGCUCAUUGCGUCUUUUCUGAAGUUGCCGAUUUCUGGGACGCAUUGCAUUGUGGGAUCUACCAUCGGAUUCUCUAUGGUGGCCAUUGGUACUAAGGGUGUGCAGUGGAUGCAGCUGGUGAAGAUAGUCGCGUCCUGGUUCAUCUCUCCUCUCCUCUCGGGCCUGAUGUCUGGCUUCCUGUUCCUCCUCAUCAGAUACUUCAUCCUGAGCCGGGAUGACCCUGUUCCCAACGGUCUGCGUGCCCUACCUCUGUUCUACGCCACCACCAUCGGCAUCAACACCUUCUCCAUCAUGUACACUGGCGCCCCCAUGUUGGGUUUGGAGAUGCUGCCAGUCUGGUCGAUAGCCCUGAUCACGCUGGCAGGGGCCGUGGUGUGCGCGCUGCUCGUCUGGUUCUGCGUGUGUCCGUGGAUGAGAAGGAAAAUAGCAAGUCGGCUGAAGAAGGAGCAGGCCUUGUCCCGGAUUUCGGACGAGAGCCUGGAUAAGAUCCCGGAGGAGGAGGAGGUGCCGGUGUUUAAGGAGUUGCCGGGGGCGAAGGGCGGGGACGAUGCUGCGGUCCCUCUGACUGGCCGAGCCGCCGAAGCCUCGGCGGAGCUCAGCGGAUUGGCCAAUGGAGGCACAGUGCUGCCGAAUGGGCGGGUCUAUGGGAGAACCCACUCCAUGACCAACGGCUGCCUGAAGUCCCCGGUGUCCAACGGCAGCUUCUCGUUCGACGGGCACGUGCGCAGCGACGGGCAGGUGUACCACACCGUGCACAAGGACUCCGGCCUCUACAAAGACCUGCUGCACAAGAUCCACCUGGGCCGCCUGGACGCCGAGGGCCAGCGGCCGGCCGUGGAGAACUACCGCGCGCUGCGCCGCAACAACAGCUACACCUGCUACACGGCGGCCAUCUGCGGCAUGCCCGUGCAGCCGCUGCUGCGCAGCGAGACCGCGGCGGAGGACAGCGAGAAGCUGGUGGGCGACAGCGUGUCGUACUCCAAGAAGCGCGUGCGCUACGACAGCUACUCCAGCUACUGCAACGCGGUGGCCGAGGCCGAGAUCGAGGCCGAGGAGGGCGGCGUGGAGAUGAAGCUGGCCGCCGGCCCCAUGCAGGGCCCCGACCCCGCCGACGACCCCGCCGACGAGGACAAGGAGGAGAAGGACAAGCCGCAGGUCUUCCUGCUCUUCCACUUCCUGCAGAUCCUCACCGCCUGCUUCGGCUCCUUCGCCCACGGAGGCAACGACGUCAGUAACGCUAUUGGCCCCCUGGUGGCGUUGUGGAUGAUCUAUGAACAGGGCGGGGUGAUGCAGAAUGCUACCACGCCCAUCUGGCUGCUGCUGUACGGGGGGUUGGGGAUCUGUGCUGGUCUGUGGGUCUGGGGGCGCAGGGUGAUUCAGACCAUGGGGAAGGACCUGACCCCCAUCACACCCUCGAGUGGGUUUUGCAUUGAAGUAAUGAGUGCUCUAACUGUGCUUGUUGCCUCAAAUGUGGGCAUCCCAAUAAGUUCGACUCACUGCAAGGUGGGCUCAGUGGUGGCGGUAGGCUGGAUCCGGUCCAAGAAGGCGGUGGACUGGCGGCUGUUCCGGAACAUCUUCCUGGCCUGGUUCGUCACGGUGCCAGUGGCCGGGCUGUUCAGCGCCGCGGUCAUGGCGCUGUUCGUGUACGGCAUCCUGCCCUUCGUCUGAGCCCCUCGCCUGCGGAGGGAGGGAGCGAGGGAGGAGAGAGAAUGAGAGAGUGGGAUCACACGCUACCUGGAAAAACCUCCAGAAUAUUCGGUUUCUGUAUUUUUUAUUUUGUUUUUAAUUUCAGCUGUUAUUUAUUCUCUUGGUCUCUGCAUAAGAAACGCGGUGCACACCAAAUGAGUUUAAUCUUCCAGAUCUCUCUGCUGUACAGACAACAUUAAGUGUGCGAGUUGUGAUUCAGCAUUUAGAAUGGGUGUGUGUGUUUGAGAGAGCGCGAGAGAGAGAGAGAGAGAGAGUGUGUGUGUGUGUGUGUGUGUGUGUGUGUGUGUCUGAGUGUCUGAGUGUCUGAGAGAGUGUGUGUGUAGACUAAAAUGAAAGGGUUCAAUUAAAGUAAUACAGUUAACAAGGUUGUGCGUUUAUACACACACGUGUGCACACAUUCAUAGACGUACAGACAUGGCACAUACUGCAGCUAUAUAUAGAUAAUAUAUGCAUAUACUUAUUUAAUCAGUUUUCUUGCUGUUGUACUGAACAGUGUAGUAGCCCUGAAGCAGCUGUAAAUAUUACAUCAUCUCCUGUGUGAUGGCCCCGCCCUCCAUGCCAGUUGCCAUGGUAAUGGUACGACUCCACACCUUUGGGUUAGAGGGAGUAAUUGGGUGUGAUGCAGUACUGUAAUUGUAGUUUUUCCAGCAAUGUUACCACAAACCGUAAAAGAGGUAUGCAAGGGGUAUGUGUGUUUUAAGAUGGAUUUCAUAUUUUAAUACUGUAUUAUACUGUAAUUUCUACUGUAAAUACUUUCCUCCGUGUUUUUUCCCUUUUGUUUGGCUCAGUUUUUUCAUUUAAGGGAGGGCCUCCACAUGGUGUGUCGCAUGAUGCAGUUCUGCAGUCACGCAUGUAAGCUGGGGGGGGGCAACAUUGACCCAGAACAUCUGCCUUGCAGACGGUCUCUCACACACAUUGAUAUUCGCACACUGACACCAAUUACUCGCACACGCUCACAUUUUAUUGAAUUGAUAUUUGAAUUGAGCCUUUUCAUCAAGUGCAAGCCAGUUCUUUCAUGUUAUGCUGUGCAGUUUCCACAGGGGUGGUGUGGGCGGAGAUGGCGGGUUAGCAUCAGACAGCUGGUGCAAGGUGGACCCUACAAAACGCAUUUCUGCCCUUUAAAUCAUUUUACCAAAGACCUAGACGAAUCUUUCUCCAUCUGCGCUCCUGGAAAAGUACCUAUGAACACUGGCUUCCCAAAUCUAGGAGAUACAGAGUGUGUGUGUGUGUGUGUGUGUAUGUGUGUGGUCAGGCCUGUGUGGAUGUGUGCAAGUGUUCUUGUAAGUGUCACCCCACAGGUGGAAUGUGUUUCUGGGUGUGUUACCCCACAAGUGGAAUGUGUGUGCAGGUGUGUUUCUCCCCAGGGUUUCUGUUUGUCAGGACCCAGCUGCUGACUCCAGUGAGAAUCGUGUUGAUGGAACAGAGAGGCCUGGUGAGGCCGGUUGGCCUGUAUUCGUGUGGACAGGAAGGUGUGCGUGCGUGUCUCCCUAGGGGCCCAUUGUGGCUCUGGUUUCCUCCGUUACGGACAUUUUGUCUGAGGUUUCCUGCUGCCUGAUAUUUCUGCUCGGUCUUCCACUGUAGCAUCUAUCGUAGGCUAAAAACAGGCUUUGAAAACGGGUUCCUUCAUUUGGGACGUCAGACUGAAAAGGCACUUUUACGUCAUUUUUCAUAACCCCCAGGUGGCACUAGCUAUGUGACCGAGACUGGUAAUAUGGCCAUGUAGUGGCAGAGGAGUUGCAUGAGGAGUGACAUUUACCUGGAGGGCCAACAUAUCCGCACAGUGAGUUACUCUGCUGUGUGAUAUCAGCAUAUGAGUUACUGUGAUAUCAGCAUAUCCCCACAGUGAGUUACUGUGCUGUGUGAUAACUGCAUAUCCCCAUAGUGAGUUACUGUGCUGUGUGAUAACUGCAUAUACCCAUAGUGAGUUACUGUGCUGUGUGAUAACAGCAUAUCCCCACAGUGAGUUGUGAUAUCAGAAAUAUCCCCACAGUUAGUUGUGAUAUCCGCAUAUCCCCACAGUGAGUUGCUGUGAUGUCAGCAUAUCCCCACACUGAGCUACUGUGUGGUGUGAUGUCGGCAUAUCCCCACAGUGAAUUGCUCUCAUAUCAACAUAUUCCCUCAGUGAAUUGCUCUGAUAUCACCAUAUCCCUACAGUGAGUUGCUGUGAUGUCGGCAUAUCCCCACAGCGGGAUGUUGUCCUGAGUGUUAUUCCCAUCCCCAUAGUGAGACACUGUCCUGUCCGAUAUGAGCAUAUCCUCACAGUGAGCAGCUGUACUUUGUGAUACCAGCAUUAUCCCCUUAGUGAGACACUGUCCUGUGUGAUAUCAGCAUAUCCCCACUGUCCUGUGUGAUAUCAGCAUAUCCCCACUGUCCUGUGUGAUAUCAGCAGGCACAGCCUGGAAUGGCCAGCAGAAUCACCCCCCCAGUUACAGGAGUGAAGUCUCCUGAUCCUCAAGAGUGCUAAUUCGGACUACAAACGGAGCGUUUCUGAUAAAACACUAGCCCAGGCCUUUCUGAUAUCGUGGCUUCAUGUUCAUUCUCUCUCCUGUUUGGACAUAUCUUUCCCAUGGCCUUGUAAAGCUGUGUUUAUACUUUGUGUUGUGUACAGUAGGCAGUGGUGUUAUCAAUGCAACUGUGUAGUAACUAUGUAGUAACUGUGUAGUAGUGUAGCUCAAACCGUUGCCUAAAGAUGCCAAUGAGAGAAAACGAUUGACAAGUGCAAGAAUAAAACGCGUUUCAUUUUUACUUUUUUUGUUUUCUUUUGUAGUAACAACUAACCAUUUCACUAUUGGCGUCUAAUACUAAAGUUGAUGAGUAUGGGUGCAUUUCAGUAAAUAUUAAAUAGAUACAUUUCCAUCUGACUAUAUUUUUCUACCAUAUCUGAACUGAACCUGAGUGAUUGAUACUAGGCCGUCUUUAGUUGUGUGGAGCCUGUGUGUGCUUGCCGAUAGACCAGUCUUUAUUUUUUGAAUUCAAUACGAAGCACUUUGUAAUUUUGUUUCCCAGUCGCUGCAGUGCGCUUUUAAACCAGGAGCUCAGGAGAGGAGACGCCUCCCAUUGCGCCUUUUCAGCGUUCUGCUCGAAGAUGGAAAAAAAACGAAACAAAAACAGAACACUUAAUCCUGAAUUGUCCUAACGGACUUUUUAUUUUGUAUUGAGUGUUGGUUUCUAUAGCAAUGAGCAGGUCCUGGCGCAGUGUGGGGUGUCGUCCACAAGGGGCGCUGUGUAUGUCACUUAGGGGUGCAGCGAAUCGUCUCUGGCUCGCUAACGCACCCCCAGUCUCAAACGGAUGUUGCGCUGACAGAGAAGGAUGGAGUAUUAAUAUAGUCACUUGAUGAUAAUCUAUGCCAACCGCCUGUGAUGUAGAGACGUCCCUCACAGGCAUGGAGGAACUGUUCACCUCAGUUCUAAACCAUUUCAUUCAGUCGUUCAGCAACUAGCAGCCAAUUCAUCUCCAGGUUUUGGUGUUGUGAAGUCAGGGUUCAGUGACGUUGAAUCGUGACUCUCCAGCAGCGUUUUCCGACGCUGUUCCUGGAGAUCCACCGCCCUGUAGGUUCUCGUUUCAAGCCUAAUUUGGCACGCCUGAUUCGACUAAUUAGCAGCUCAGCGAGAUCUCGUAGCUAACCGCUGAGCGAGAUGUGCUUCGUUGGCCUUGAAACGGGUACCUACAGGACUGCAGCUCUCCAGGAACAGGGUCGGGAGCCACCGCUCUACAGCGUUGUCCAGUUGUUCCCUGAUGGGUAUCGUGGUGCUCAGUCUGAGUUGUCUAGUAGAGGUGAUGCCGAGCUCACAGCUCUGUAGUCUGUGCCGUUCUGCCCUAACGCAGCUCCGUGUUGUUGCUUUAUUUUUUAACGUCUGUGAGAAUUCCGGGCUGUAUACUUACAAAACUCUUAUGAUUUGCAUAUAUAAUGUACUGUAUUUGUUUUUUUGUUUUUUUUUUGGCUUUAAUUUUGGUGAAAAUUGUCAGCAUUUAAAAUAAUUAAAUUAUGGGAAUUAAAAUUACAAAGAAUGCCAAAACUC